UGUCAAAUUAAUAUUUCAAAAUUUUCAAAAUAGAAAUAUCGCGCAGUUCGCACACUAUUUAUGUUUAAUUAAGCGCACUACAAAACGGGUUCUAAACUAGCUCAAUAACUUAUUUGUAUUUAUUUAAUAAUUUGAGAGUUUUUUAUUAAAAUGGAUUUAUCACUGUUAUGUAGGAGUUGCAUGAAAGAAGUAGCGUCCUGGGAGAGAGAGAACUUCGAUCCAAAAGCUGUGGAAAUGUUUUGUUUUUGUACUAAUAUAAAAGUAUUUGAUGGAGACACCCUACCAAAGCAGUUCUGUUACGAUUGCACUAUUAAAAUAGAAUCAGCAUACACAUUCAUCACGGAAGCCUUAAAAGUAAAUGUAACUCUCAAAAACAUAAUAUCAAAUACCAACAUAGUCAUUACCGUGCAACCAGAUCUGAAGAAUACCGAAGGCUUAGAGAGUCGUCUAACUUUACCUGAAUGCAAGAUAAGUAGUACGAUCGAAAAUUACAGUGACAUAAUUUUGAAUGCUCUUGACUACGUACAUCUUAAUGAAAGUGAGCCCGAAAAAGUCCCAGAACAAAAUGUAUUGAAUAAUCAUCAAGAACGAGUUUGUGAAGAAAAAAAAGACAUAAAAGUAGAAGAAAAGAAAAACGUAUGCCCCGUUUGCCAUAAAGGAUUCACAUCUAAAGCUUGGUUCAACAAACACAUGGUUAAUGAACAUAAUGGCCAGAAGUACAUGUGUAAUGAGUGCUCCAAAACUUUCAACAAGAUCACACAGCUCAAGUCCCAUAUGACAACACAUGCGGAGGAUCGCAAAUUCAUUUGCUCAACAUGUGGAAAGAGAUAUAAGCAUCGUAAACAGCUGACCACACACCUCAGAGCACACUCAGAUGUACGUCCUUACGCUUGUGAAACUUGUAACAAGAGGUUUAAACUGAAAAGUGUGUUAAAGUGUCACAUGAAAGUUCACAGUGACAAACAGUACCUAUGUUCAUACUGUGGCUGGAGUUUUGCUCAAGCUAGCAACCUCGCGGUCCACAUCCGCUCGCACACGGGCGAGAAGCCUCACGCGUGCGGCGUGUGCGGGUUCCGCGCGGCCGCCAGCUCCUCGCUGCGGCGCCACGCGCGCGCGCACGCACGAGCCCGCACGCACCUCUGCGCACACUGCGGGAAGGGAUUCUACGACGCCAGCGCCCUGGGUCGACACCGUCGCACGCACACCGGGGAGCUCCCCUACCAGUGCCCGGGGUGCGCACGAGCCUUCCCCGACAGCUGGAAACGGAAGACUCAUCUCAUGCGCGCGCACAGACUCGCUCUGCACGACAUACCGCGCAUGCGCAGAGAUGGCAGGACCCUCAACUAAUAUCUGGACCUUACAAUAAUACUUUACGUUUUAAACUACUGUCCUAGGUUAAUAUCGGAGUUUAUUUGUACACAUUUUAUAAUUUCCCAAAUAUUUAUCUAAUAUCCAUGGUAACGAAACACUCAAUGAAAAUAAAAUAUAAAAACAGCAACUAAGUAUGUUGCCACUCGCGCAAUUUUUAAUAACAAUAAACUAUGUACAUUCCAUUGUAUAAAUCUAGUCAAACAGUAUUAAUAAAAACACAUUAAUAUGUUAUGUAUUUAAAUAAUAAGAAAAAUAAAAUUUUACCUUUUUUGUUUAAAAA